UCAGAACAUAUAGGAUAUAAAGCAAUAUACACAUAUUAAAAAAAAACACUGGGUUAAAUAAAAUAAUAUAGAAUAGGGCUACAUCUCGGUUCACACUCCAUUACAGUAGGUGGCGGUAAUGCACACCACAAGGUUGCUUGCCAACCGCCAUAAAAAAUACAAAAGAAGAAGAAGAAUUCGUCCAAUCAGCGUUCGAGCUCUGAGACGUUGCAGAAUUUUGAACGUCGAAGCCUUGUUUCCUUUUCCUUCUUUUUACCCCCACAUUGAACACUUUUUAAGUCAGAUUUCAAGUUUUUACCCACAACAUGGAUCUAAAUUUGAAGGAUGGCUUACACACUAACGUCCUUAUCUACAAAAAGGCUUUGGAUCGGAUAGUAGACAAAUAUUCAAAGAUCCAAUGUCAAGCCGCGAUAGAUUUGGACCUUGCUGUCACCAGUAAAAAAGCAUUGGGACGCUUCAUGGACGUGUCAGAAAAGGAGAUUGCCAUGUUGACAGCAAAGAGCCUGUCAUGUUCAACAGAGGACCGUUUAGAACUGCAUGAGGCUUCCAGGAUCUCCCGGCUGGAGCUCAUGCAGCAAAAUGGCGGCGGCAGUGACGAGAGUCACAUAAUAGAUCAACUGAGUGCAGAUGAUGAAGAAAGCGUGCGUUCCUACCUGACGAUGAGCUUGCUGGACGACAGCCAGAGGAACCUCUCGGAGAUAGACUCCCUGCCGGAGGACCAGGACGAAGAGCUGGAGAUGAGCCUGAGCAGCGGAGGAAGCAGACUGUCGGAGCUCUACCCCGCCAUGAUAGACCAGAUAGGGCGGGCGCGACACCGGGAGCACGUCUCCAAGGUGGCUGAAGGGGUGGUCAGGAGGUACCGCAAGUGGCGAUUGACGUCCAAGAACCGCCGAGGCACCACGGCCAAUGACAGCGCUCGUAGAAGCGUUGAUGCGAGAGAGAAAAACAAUCAGGCCAGCUGGCAGCGCCCGGUGGUGACGGAGCCGAGGCAGAAGCCCGUGGCGGUGCUGGACCCGUCUUACUUAGAAUCUCCCAAACCGAAAAGAAACCUCUUGAACGAGACCUUCAUCGUGGGAGAGCAGCCGUCCUCCCGUAGCCUCAGUCCUCCACGCUUCUUUGACAUGUCCAUCAGGUCCAAAAUGUUGACUCUCUCCUCUCCCGAAAGCAUCCGCGGCACCCAUCUCUCCGCUCCCGAAAGCAUCCACGGCCCCCAUCUCUUUGCUCCCGAAAGCAUCCACGGCCCCCAUCUCUCCGCUCCCGAAAGCAUCCACGGCACCCAUCUCUACGCUCCCAAAAGCAUCCACGGCCCCCAUCUCUACGCUCCCAAAAGCAUCCACGGCCCCCAUCUCUCCGCUCCCAAAAGCAUCCACGGCACCCAUCUCUUCGCUCCCAAAAGCAUCCGCGGCACCCAUCUAUCCGCUCCCAAAAGCAUCCACGGCACCCAUCUCUACGCUCCCAAAAGCAUCCACGGCCCUUAUCUCUCCGCUCCCAAAAGCAUCCACGGCACCCAUCUCUUCGCUCCCGAAAGCAUCCAUGGCACCCAUCUCUCCGCUCCCGAAAGCAUCCACGGCACCCAUCUCUCCGCUCCCAAAAGCAGCCACGGCCCCCGUCUCUCCGCUCCCGAAAGCAUCCACAGCCCCCGUCUCUCCGCUCCCGAAAGCAUCCACGGCCCCCAUCUCUCCGCUCCCAAAAGCAUCCACGGCCCCCAUCUCUCCGCUCCCGAAAGCAUCCACAGCCCCCAUCUCUCCGCUCCCGAAAGCAUCCACGGCCCCCAUCUCUCCGCUCCCAAAAGCAUUCACGGCCCCCAUCUCUCCGCUCCCGAAAGCAUCCAUGGCCCCCAUCUCUCCGCUCCCAAAAGCAGCCACGGCUCCCGUCUCUCCGCUCCCGAAAGCAUCCACGGCCCCCAUCUCUCCGCUCCCAAAAGCAUCCACGGCCCCCAUCUCUCCGCUCCCGAAAGCAUCCACGGCUCCCCGCUGAGACAAAGUCCUUUAAAGACGAGGUUGAAGAGCUUCAGCAGGUCCCCUCAGACCUCCUCCAGAGAGCCUGCAAGGUCCGCCUCCCCGCUACCAAAGCCACCCGUUCGCCAGAAGAUGCUCCACCCCGAGCCCCGCCCGAAGAUCCCGUACUCCCCGAAGGAGCUGGACAAAGAAUUUCUCCGAUUCUACCACAAGCUGGUGUGCCAGAACAAACCUCACGACGGGCCCCCCUGCCGGCUGUGCGCCAGGAGCUCCGCUGCCGCACGGCAACACUCCUCCCGAACGCUGGUGGCGCUGGCGCUGUCACCGCAUCGGCUGGACCGGAGGAAGCGCCACAGGGAGCGAGACUGGGAGAACGAGUCUCUGGCCAAGCGAUGGAGCGCCUACUCCCCGGGGUCAAAACGGCACAGCCACCAGGCGCUAAGACGCCGCCUCUGCGCGUCUGAUGACGAGGCUUCAAAUCGGAGCUCGGCGGAACCUUCCAGAUUUGGAAGUCCGCGGAAGAUUAGCAACUACACAAACUACUUUCAAAGGUAAUCUUUUAGUGUUUUAAUACCGCCACAUGUAUCGUUGUCAUCUGUGAGGAUGCAAGUACAGUACACACUGCAACUGUAUGUGUCUUUUAGAACUGUC